UUUUUUGUUUGACGUUUUGUUUGUGACAUUUGAUUUGUUAUUAAAAACUGAUUCCUUGGAGUAUUUUGAGUGUCUACUAUUUAUUUUGGUUUCUCUAGUGAUGUUGACUGGUGUAGUGUUUGUUUGUAUGAUGUUGUGGUGAGGCGAUGCUUGUGGGAGAGCAGUCCCCGGCGCCGCGUGUGGUGGCCGGACUAAGGAAACUUCGACCAGAAUUGACUCCAGGACCUGUGCCAACGCCCACAGAUCCCAAUAUAAGGAUAUCAGGCGUUCUACGACAGUAUUACAAUGAGGACACCGAGUCUUGGGCCUGGGUGCGAGCGGCUGUCCAGCAGGGCUGCCUGCUCGCCUGGCGCGACGGUACGUUGCCCAGAAGGCCGGCAGCAAGACUCCCGCUGCGAGACCUGCAUCUGCGCAUCGCUCCCACCCUCCCCAAUGCCUUUCAGUUGUCACGGUUGCGCGACGACUCGUCUGUUGCCACAUUUCAGACUUGCAAUGCGGCGGAAUAUGCCAAAUGGGUGCGCGCACUGUGUGUCGAGAUUCUCGGCCAGACACCGUUACCACAGGUCCGGUUCCUGGACGUGCUGCCGGCGGCGGACACCACUCGCAAACCAAAGAACGAGGCUCCCCAGCAGGAGACUCCAGCAUGUCCGCCCAGGGCGCCACCGAGGGCUCGCCGGAGGUUGUUGACUUCCCCUGAAACACAGUUGCCUCGGAGAGACCAUUCGCCUGCCGCCACGGACGAGGGCAUCGUCGUCGAGGACGACGACUACGACUCAUCGUCCGAUCGCAGCCUUGACCUAACCUUCUCCCUUGACGCCUUGAAGACCACGGACGUGGUCGAUGCUCCGCCGCCCGUACGAAAAGCGGAGGUCAUCAAAUGCGACAACUGCAGCAAAUUGACCGCACAACAUCACACGCUGCCGCGCGCUCGAUCCACAGAUUCAGAGCAAGGUCGUCACCGUUAUCUAAAACGUUGGGAGGGGACGGCGGGAGCCGCGGAGCGCGGCCGGUUCGCGAUGGAGGCAGCCCGGCGCAAAACGGCUUCACUAGAAAGCAGGGCGAGAUCUUGCUCGCCCAAUGCCCACGAAGCCGUAGCUAAGUAUGUGCCAGUGAGGGAGAGAAGGGCACUGUUCGAGUCGUUGUCUAAAACUGGAAGUGGCCUGGCGCGAAGCACAGAGCAGCUGACGAGACCUAUAGUAGUUCCGGAGACGACGCCGCGGCGCGCUGCAUCGCUUCAUGACUUACAGGCGCCGCCGACGCGGUCGGUGAGCGACCUGCGGCAGUUCUUCGAGGCGGUGGCGCGCGGCGUGGGGGGCUGCAGCGCGGGCCUGCAGCGCCACAGUGCGCCGCCCAACACUGCGCCGCGGGCCUUCGCCUCCCUCACCUGCGCUUGAAAUGUACAUAUUGUAGAUAAGGCGUUAACCGCCGGCUAUCUCACUAAGUCGUUUAUUUUAAGACUGUUAAAAGUAUUGUUAUAGAAGUACCUAAUAUAAAUAAAAUGACGUAUUAUCUAUUACAA